GAUGCCGUCCCCGAGCGCCAAGGGGAGAUUCGGGCCACGGCGGUCAACAAAUAACAAUCGCUCGAGCUCUUUCUCGAAGGCUCCUGAGAGCUCUUUUAGACAACAUGACCGCCCAGCGGCCCCCGUCCACCGGUGGCCCCCCUCCAAUAUCAUGCGGUCAUGUGUCAGCAGGUCAACCAGCAUAUUCAUGCCCCAAUGUAAUCCUGGCUGGCUGACGCUCCCCCUCGCUCGCUCACCGGGAACCCGCACCGCACACUGCUCGCGGUGCCUCCGUGCUGACGAGCACUCACCCAAGCUCCGCUGGAGCUGGUACUACACCCCGGACACGUGAUCCAUCCCUGACCUGGGAAUAGAAGAUUUGCUUAGGAAGCCUCGAAUCAUUCAUCCUCACAAGACAUGGAGGUCGCAACAUCGGGGGAUCCACCCAUCAAAGAGGAACGAGAGGAACGCGCAAGCGGAGCUGCGUGGCUUGCUGUGACCGUAAAGGGAGAGGACGCUGGAGCCGAUCUGGCUGAAAUCCUUCAGGCUAAAGGAGCUGAAAUUCAAAAUGGUAGAGUGGCCCUCAUGGUUGAUCGAGAGGAUGUUCAGCUUGAUAAAGACCUUCAGUCUGAUGCCGAGGACCUUCAAUCUGAUGCAGAGGACCUUCAAUCUGAUGCAGAGGACCUUCACGUGGAUGGUGGACAGGACCUUGGGGCAGAUGGACUCGACCUUCAUUUUGAUGGACAGGAGCUUCAGUCUGAUGGACAGGACCAUUCUGAUGGCGAGGGCCUUGGCAAAGAGGGCUCCACUGUUAGAUGUGAGGCGUGGGAUUCAUGUGGAGCCCGGGCAGCCCUGGGGAGCUGGGCAGAGGUGGAGGUGGAGCUGGAGGACUCGAGUGACGCAGGUAGCAGCAUUGUGGAGACCGCUGCAUUGUUCCACUGUGAGGGAGCUGCAAACAGCAAUGCACAGCAGAGCGAGACGCAGCAGACAGUGAUCCUGGAGAGCAAUGUUGAGCCCCCGUGUGGAAAGGCUGCAGCGGUGGCAGUGAUGGAGGAAGCGGAGGGGGAGAAGCCGCACGUGUGCGGAGCCUGUGGGAAGUCAUUCGCAGUUCUCUCCAACCUCCAGAUGCACCUUGCAAUGCACACGGGGGAGCGGCCGCAUGCAUGCGCCGAGUGCAGGGAGGCAUUUGCAUGCGCCGAGCUGCUGGAGCGGCACCGGCGCCUGCACGCCACUUGGGCAAAGUCCUACAUGUGUUCGGAGUGCGGAAAGGCAUUCCGACAGCUGGGAAACCUGAAGAACCACGAGCGCACGCACACGGGCGAACGCCCACACGCCUGUCCCCAGUGCGGAAAGGCAUUUUCCGACCUCUCGAGCCUCCAGCAGCACCGGCGCAUCCACACGGGCGAGCGUCCGCACCGCUGUUCGGAGUGCGGGAGGGCGUUCAAGCAGUCGGGCAGCCUCCAGCGGCACCAGCGCACGCACACGGGCGAGCGGCCCCACCGCUGCUCGCUGUGCGGCAAGGCCUUCGCCCUGGCCCACACCCUGCAGCAACACCGCAAGGUGCACACGGGCGAGAAGCCGCACGCGUGCCCCGAGUGCGGCAAGGCCUUCGCGCAGGCUGGGAACCUGCAGCAGCACCUGAGGACGCACGCACGCAGGAAGCCCUUUAAGUGCUUCGAGUGCGGCAAGGCCUUCACGCAGCCCCGGGGUCUCAAGAAGCACGAGAGGGUACAUGCCGCAGGAGCUGCAGAUGUGCAGUUAAUGGAGGACCUUCAGUCUGAGGAAAAUGAGCUUCGAAUGAAUGAAGAUGAUGUUCUAGCUGACAGAGAAAACCUGGUGCUUAGAGAAGAUCAUCUGGCUGAAGGAGAGGAAAUUCAUGCUGAAAGAGGGAGCCCUCAUUCUAAUGGAUACGUCGUUCUGGAUGAGGGAGAUGAUCUUCAGAAGUACAAAGAGAUCCUUCAGGUUGGUGAGGAAGACCUUGGAUGUGAAGGAGAAGACCUGCAGGCUGAAGGAGACGACCUGCAGGCUGAAAGAGAAGAUGUAAGGGAUGAUGAAAAUAACCUGCAGGCUGACAGAGAUGACCUGCAGUGUGACAGAAAUAGCCUGCAGGGUGAUGGAGAGGACAUCCGGGGUGAUGGCUCCAGCAUGACACCUGGAGAGAUGUGGGUAUUACGGGGAGGCCGCGGAGCACCGGAGACCUGGACCGAGGUGGAGGUGGUGCAGCCAGAGGACUCGCGCGAUGCAGGAAGGUUUUCGGUGGAAACCCAGAGGCCCAAGUGUCCCCACUGCUGCCAGAGCUUCCUGUCGGAGAGCAACCUACACAGCCACACAGUGCAGUGUGGCCUGGAUUCCAGUAGCAGCCAGAGGCAGCAGAUACCCAAUGCUGGUGGUGGCUCUCGCCAGUUCGCCGUACGAGGGGAGGCAUUCACGCAUCCAGAGGAGCUCCAUGCACAGCACACGAUGCAUGCUGUCACAAGCAUUAGCAGUGGCAGCAGCGUCCCACAUGUGUACCCUGAGUGUGGGGAGUUGUUCACGGAUCCGGAGGAGAUGCAAGCUCACCGUGUGGCUCACGUUGCCAAACGGCCGCAUGUAUGUGCUGAGUGCGGGGAGGCAUUUGCGUGGGCUGAGCAGCUGCAGUCACACAGAGGGGCACAUGCGCGUGAGAAGCCGCAUGUGUGCGAGAAGUGUGGGAAGGCAUUUGCAGUGUCCGCAAACCUCCAGAUGCACUUGGUAACGCACACAGGUGGGCGACCGCAUGCAUGCACCGAGUGCGGGAAGUCAUUCACGCGGCCCGAGUUGCUGGAGCGGCACCGGCGUUCGCACUCGUGGGAUAAGCCGUACAUGUGCUCUGAGUGCGGAAAGGCAUUCACGCAGCUUGGCAACCUCCAGAACCAUGAGCGCACGCACACGGGUGAGAAGCCGCACCUGUGCCCCGAGUGCGGAAAGGCUUUCGCCGACCUCUCGAGCCUCCAGCAGCACCGACGCAUCCACACGGGCGAGCGACCGCACCACUGUUCGGAGUGCGGGAGGGCGUUCAAGCAGUCGGGCAGCCUCCAGCGGCACCAGCGCACGCACACGGGCGAGCGGCCCCACCGCUGCUCGCUGUGCGGCAAGGCCUUCGCCCUGGCCCACACCCUGCAGCAACACCGCAAGGUGCACACGGGCGAGAAGCCGCACGCGUGCCCCGAGUGCGGCAAGGCCUUCGCGCAGGCUGGGAACCUGCAGCAGCACCUGAAGACGCACGCACGCAGGAAGCCCUUUAAGUGCUUCGAGUGCGGCAAGGCCUUCACGCAGCCCCGGGGUCUCAAGAAGCACCAGAGGGUACAUGCCGCAGGGGCUAUUGGGCAGUGACAUCCAUGUACAGAACAUUUGGUGAAAAAUGUUUCUGCUACCGUUCAUAGCAUGCAACCAUAUCACCAUGAUUUAUUUGGGAAAUGGAUCAAGUGGAGUUGAAACGGGCCCAGGAAUUGGUCAUUGGAGACAGAAAAAAUCGCUUCGAUGGCCAUAGUUGUCAUUCUGUAAAGAUUGAAUCGUUUAAUAAGCAAAUAUGUGCAGAUAUAGGGCACAUUGGACAUUGGCCUGUGUUAAUUACUUGUUAAAUAACAGUCUCCUGUCAUGCUUUACUCUGUUUAAUAAGCUACAGACCAUUAAAAUGCAACAUUGAAAGCAGAAACCACAAAAGGAGGCUUCAGACUGUAUGAAACUUUCCUGGUUCACCAUUUAAAGUUUAAAGUACAGGUAGUCCCAAUAAUCUGUUUUUACACGAUUUACAGAGGGGAGCAGACUCCAAUCAACAUGCUUUACUUAACGCGAUUUCACACAUUUCAGUGGAAUUUUCCACCACAUUUUCUUAUACAGUGCAGUACCCAAGUAUGAGGCAAUGUGAUUGUUGCGGGCAGAAGCAGUGAACCAUCCGAAUCAGUCUUUAUUCUGCCUCGUGCUAGCUCAGACGUGUGUGCAUUUCAUCUCAAUUCUAUACCUUUUAAUUUUCUUUAAUAUUCAAAAUAAUGUAUUCAUAAUAUGCGGUUGGGGUAAGAAGCAUGGUGGUGAUGCUUCAAGUGGUAGUGCAAGUAAGAAAAGUGGCAACAAAAGCUUAUUGUUCUAGAGUGCUAUGAGAACAAUGAGUGCACAUGUAAUCGUUUCCGGGCUACUGGCUUGCACGAAGGUACACUCAGAACCGUCAGACAAAAUGGGGACAAAAUUAAAGAAAGUUACAGCCAGGUCAUCUCACACAAGGCCACUCCACCCAUCACAGCUCACAUGCACAGACUACACUAAUCUCUACUUCAGGUUACCUUCAUCAUUGUGUCCUUUAAAAAAAUAUAUUAUUCAUGCCUAAAAUAUACAAGGGAAAUAAUAAAAAGCAUUAACCAAAAUACAGUCAUAAUAAAUUAGUAAUAAUACAUCUCCAUUGAGUCGGGGGCUUGGAACGCAACCCCCCUCCUCGCUACAUUAUUUCUUGUGGGAAGUUAGUGUUCAAUUUACACAAUUUAACCUUACAUGAAGGUGUUAAAGGACACAUGAUGAGUCGUCUAUGAACUCAGGAUUACUAAAUAUUUGCGACGCUAAUCUUACGGUAAUGCCCUGCAAAUGUUUUAAUUGUAAGCUUCAUGGUUAGGAAAAAUAAAAAUAACUCCAACCGA